AUGAUAAUACAAAUGUUUGUAGUAAUCGGAUUUUUUUCUUUGUCUCAAUCAAAAUACAGUUUUAUGCCAAAUUUGCCUGUGGGAGAAUAUCGUGUGGUGUUUGAAAAAUUGUAUCCUUGUGAACCAACAAAAAACUAUUCAAUUCAAUUGAAUAUUUAUUUUAGUAAAAAGACUUCAAGUUUAACAGAGAUGAAAGGGAAUAUAACAUCUUUAAUAGAUCUUGACGAUACACUUACACUUGAUAUAAACGUUGCGUCUUGGGGUUCAAUUGGUGGUUGGAAACCAAAUUCUAUGGUUUACAUAACGAAAAAGGCAUGUAGUGCUUUUAAAAAUGUCGGAGGAAAUGCAUGGUUUUCAUUUCUUAAAGGAUUCAACAUUCCGACCAACAACUGUCCUCUGCCAGCGGGCACUUAUAGUUCAUCAGGGAUUGACUCGAAGAAAUUUGAAGAUCAUAACUUUCCUAAAGUUUAUUUUUACGGAAAAUACAAAAUGGUGUAUAAUGUUAAAAAUACAAAAAAUAUGGUCGUUUUCUGUGAAGUGGUAGAGUAUACUCUUAUACGACCAUGGGAAGUAGCGAUUUGA